CGGAAAACGUCUCUUUCCUGUGUUCUGACUGUGUGUGUGUAUGUCGGUCUGUCUGUCUUCGUUUUGGGAGGGGGAGAUUUUUUCUGUGAACUUCCACGGACUUUUAAGUCUCUUAAUUGUGGGAUUGCAACACUUUAAGGAAAUAGGGCAUCUAACAACAUGUGGGGGAGUGGUGGGAGGUAGAUUCUUGCAUGCCUGAGGCGCUGGCCAUUCCGGGAUUGAGCUCUGCUGCAGCUGAAGGGCUUUUCCAGGUGUGCACAGCUCAUCCCUGUGGAGGUCCGGCUGGGCGCCGCAGGGAGAGCGGUGCUGGACUGAGACGUUUCUGCCCAAGACGCUGAUUUUGCUGAAUAGAGUCCGAUAACAGGAAAGUCUUUAAAUAGAGUGUCUGAUUUGUCAUUGCAGAUUCCUGUUGUGGUUAUGUGGUCACAUGUGUUGUCUUAUUCUUCACAUUUGUAAAGUCCAGAAAAAGUCUUUUUCCUCAUAUGUGAGCAAGAGCUUGAAGCCCUUCAGUGAGCUGGAAAUUCCACUUUUUUAUGUUCCCUCUUCAUUCUACAGUUGUGACUAGAAAACCAUAUCAGCCUGUUGCAAGACCAGAGAAAACACAUGUUACACACCCUGGACCUGAGGCACAGAAGGUGAAAGAUUCAUUCAGUGCUGUAUAAGAAGUGUGUGACUGCGGAUCAAGACCUUGUGUUGGUUGUGAAAAGCAUUAACACCAUCAAUGAAUGGCUUGAUCUUCGCUCUCAAUUCCAGAUGACCUGUCCUGUGGUUUGUAAGGAUGUCGUCUGUUACUGAAAAUGGAAAUGUUACUGCUGGAAAGCCAAAUGAAGAGAAAACAUAUAAAAAGACUGCAUCUUCGGCUAUUAAAGGUGCUAUCCAGUUGGGAAUAGGAUACACAGUAGGAAAUCUUACAUCAAAACCAGACAGAGAUGUUCUUAUGCAAGACUUCUAUGUAGUAGAAAGUGUUUUUCUACCAAGUGAAGGGAGCAAUCUUACCCCUGCUCAUCAUUACCCUGACUUCAGAUUUAAGACAUAUGCACCUCUUGCCUUCCGCUAUUUCCGAGAACUUUUUGGUAUCAAGCCUGAUGACUAUUUGUACUCAAUCUGCAGUGAACCUUUAAUUGAAUUAUCCAACCCAGGUGCCAGUGGGUCCUUAUUUUUUGUAACUAGUGGUGACGAAUUCAUCAUCAAAACAGUUCAACACAAAGAGGCUGAGUUUCUUCAGAAGCUUUUGCCAGGUUAUUAUAUGAAUCUGAACCAGAAUCCAAGGACUCUUCUUCCCAAAUUUUAUGGGCUGUACUGCGUUCAGUCAGGAGGCAUUAAUAUUAGAAUUGUUGUCAUGAACAAUGUUUUGCCACGAGCCUUGAAAAUGCAUUUCACAUAUGACUUGAAAGGCUCUACAUACAAACGGAGAGCAUCAAGAAAAGAGAGGGAGAAGUCCAACCCUACAUUCAAAGACCUGGAUUUCCUGCAAGAUAUGCAUGAAGGGUUGUAUUUUGACUCUGAAACACACAGUGCACUGAUGAAAACACUACAGCGGGAUUGUCGGGUUCUAGAAAGUUUUAAGAUCAUGGAUUACAGUCUGCUCCUGGGGAUCCACAUAUUGAACAGUAACAUGAAGGAAAAAGGAGGAGAGUGUUCCCGGAGUGCAUCAGAUGCAAAACGCCAUGGAGGGCAGAAAGUUCUCUAUUCCACAGCAAUGGAGUCUAUACAGGGCCCUGGGAAGUCUGGAGACUCCGUCACCACAGAGACAACAAACACAAUGGGAGGUAUUCCAGCAAAAAGCCAUAAAGGUGAAAAGCUGCUUUUAUUUAUGGGUAUUAUUGAUAUUCUCCAGUCUUACAGGUUAAUGAAGAAGCUGGAACAUUCUUGGAAAGCUCUUGUUUAUGAUGGGGAUACUGUUUCAGUUCACCGACCAAGUUUCUAUGCAGACAGAUUUUUAAAGUUUAUGAAUGCAAGAGUUUUCAAAAAAGUUCAAGCUUUAAAGCCUUCACCUUCAAAGAAGCGAUGCAAUUCCAUCACAGCCCUAAAGGCAGCAUCACAAGAAAUAGUGUGUGCAGUUAGCCAGGAGUGGAAGGAUGAAAAGCAUGGCAUUCUUGCUGAAGGACAAAGUUAUGCCAGCCUCGAUGAAGAAGUGCUAGGUUCAUGCCGCCGGCCGGACCUAGUGCCAAGCACUCCAUCUCUUUUUGAAGCAGCUUCCCUGGCAACCACACUUUCUUCUUCUUCCCUGAAUGUAGAUGAGCACUGUCAACGUGAUCAGCCUACACUCUAUUCUAGCAGUAAAGGGUUACCUUCAAGUUCAACAUUCACUUUGGGAGACAGUGCCAUAUAUUUGACUUCAGAACAGAGCACACUGGAAAUGGAAAAUGAUAAUGCUUCAGUUUUGGAUGUCUACUUACAAUUACGAUUUUCUUCAGAUGUGAAGAGCAGGACUCUUUGGUUCAUGAAUUUGAGAAAUGCAGGAACUGUGAGUGACACAAGCUCUUUAGAUGAGACCACCUAUGAGAAACUGGCUGAAGAAACACUGGAUUCCUUAGCAGAUUUCUUUGAGGACCUGACAGAUAAACCUUUUACCCCAGAAGAUUAUGAUGUCUCUUUAGGGAGUGGAGUACUAACAGUUAAAUUGGGUGGAGACAUGGGAACCUAUGUAAUCAAUAAACAAACACCAAACCGGCAGAUUUGGCUGUCCUCACCCACUAGUGGGCCCAAACGCUAUGACUGGACUGGACGGAAUUGGGUAUAUUCUCAUGACAGAGUAUCUCUUCAUGAACUACUAUCAAAAGAACUUUCAACAGCUUUAAAAACUAAAUUGGAUUUGUCCUGCUUAAUAUAUUCUGGGAAAGAAGAUACUUGAUUGUAUUCUACCUCAUGGAAGUUUAAAGACUUUAACCUCAAGCGAAGCUCUUUCUUGAGCUGAAGUACCUGAGUUUAAUUCUGUUGUUUUUUCUUGGCAUCAGUAUGUUGUGCAACAAAAAUGAAAAUAAUAUAUUUUUUCUCUAGUGCUCAGUCUUUGGAUUUCUGUGUGCUGUUUGAAUCUGUGCCCAUGUAGUUAGUACCUGUGGUUGAGGUCACCCAUCCUGUCACUUCAUUUCUUGCUUUCUUUUUGCAGAAGUCUUGAGUUUUUUGUUUGCAUGUAAGGACUGACCAUCUAGUGACUUCUGACCAGCACACAAACACUGAACUUCUGGUGAAACAUUCACCUGAAACAAGAUAUGCCUGUGAGUUACAUUGACUAUGUACUGGUACUAUGAAUGUAUUGCCUCAAAAUUUGUGGCUCUUGUACACAUCAUAGUCAUAUUUAACGUGUCAUAAUGCUUGUAAUGAAAGUUCUUUGUUCUUCAAAGAGUAAAAAUACUUCCUUUCUUUUUAGCUGAGCAAAAAAUUAAGUUCAUGGUAGUGAAAAUUUGCACUAAUUUAUUCUACUGCAUUUCUUAAGUGGUUUUAGAUUAUCUUGUAUUACCAUGAUAGAGCAAGGCUCCCACUGGCACCAUGCUGAUGCAGAGAUUUCUUAGAAUCAAGUCUUGUUCUUAGGCUGAUGAAGCUGUCUUCAUCAGGCUAUUAAAUAUGUGAAGGAAAUAAACUAUAUACUCCAGAUCUUACAACAAAAACAUUUUAAAGAAAUCAUGAAUGGCAAUACUUCGGCAGUUGCACUGUUGUGAUAUUACAACUUGCAGGUUUUAACUGCCUAUGAAGUGGAAGGACCAAGUUGUUGAUUAGUGCACGAGGGAGAAGUUAUACCAUACUCUUGCAGAUUGUACGAAAAGAUGUUAAGUGCACAGUAUUUUUCUUCUUGGUAUCUCUGAUGUUGUGGUUAGUUUGGCAUGAUUCUCUAGCUAUUUUAACAGGUAAGGAUUGAUUUUGUCAUUGAAAAACAGUAACUGUAAAGUGUUCUUGUCCAGUAUUUGCAUUUAGAAUAUAAGCAUUGUUACCUGCUAUUUCCCACUACUAAACAGAAAGGUUUCAGUGGAAGUAGCUCUUGGUUAAUGGUGCAUGCUGUUUGCAUACAAUCAAUAUAAAUUUCAGCUCUACUGGAUGAGGUAGAUACAAAGAUUCCCAGAUCUCAUGAAUGUAAGAGUAAAGCAUGUUUUUUAAAAAAGUACAGGGAGGUAAAAAUAGAAUAUGUUUUUGCUGUUCUGAAUUUAGAACACUGAAGAUAAUUUAUAGCAUAUGCAAAUACAUAUUUUUAUGUAGUUACUUUUAUAAUAUUUAGCUCAUUCUCCUGCAUUUUAAGAUAAUUAUUUAAACACGUUUGCUUAGAAGUUAAUGACUUGAUAUUUGAAUCGAGGAUACCUGGUUGUUCCUUUGCCUGACCAUGUGUAAUUAUUUUUUCCAAUUGACUCUUCCAAAAAUUAUUUUCUUAAGUAUUUGCAUGCAAUAUGACCACUAACAUGCGUCUGAUUUAUAUUUGGAAGUUCAUUCUCCAUUCUCUUACAUCUGGUAGAAAUGUUUAUACCAAAAUAAAAUUACAUGUAGAAUUCUUAAUUCAUUAU